UCAAAGACCAAACAGAUCAAUAAUCCGUUACGUUUUCUAGACCUUAUUUAUCAGGAUGAUUUGAUUUAGAACUGCAUACAGAUUGCAUUAGGUUAAACAUUUAAACAUUUACUGUCCAAAAUGAGGUUUAAAAUGAGACUGCUUGUGGCCUUUUUUGCGAUGUGUUUUUUAUUUUAUUUUUGGACUAACUAUCUUUCAUACAUUUCUAGGACAGUUGAAUCGGGCGUUUAUCAAGGCAAACAUGAUAAGAUGGAAUAUACUGCGUUCAAUAAGACGCAUGUUGUCAUCGAUAAACGGUUGUUCUUUAAGUUAGUGCGCAGCUAUGAAACUGGAAAACUAAUGAAAAGAAUGACAAAACAAAGUGGAAUGGCCAGUGGAAAGGGACAGGAACCAAGAUUGGAUGGUUUUGAUACAAACGAUCCUAGUAAAAAUGGAAGAACGAUGUUAAAGAAAGACCGACCGAUAUUCUUUCUUAAAACGCACAAGACGGGGAGCUCGACAAUCCAGAAUAUACUCAUGAGAUACGCCGAUAGGCACAAUCUGAAUUUAGCAUUACCGUCAAGACCUCCCUAUCAGUUUAAGUACUGGCACCCUUUUCGGAAAAGCAGUGUCAUUCCUCUCGUAUCGCCAAUAGAAACUUAUGACAUCAUGUGCCAUCAUCUGGUGUACAGUGAAGAAGUUAAAUAUAUCAUGCCAAAGGAUGCGUAUUUUCUUACUAUACUACGAGAGCCAAAAAGUCUUUUCGUUUCCUCGUAUAACUUCUUUGGAAUUGGUGGACAUAACUGCAACCGUACAGCAAAUGAAUUUGUAGAGAGAUCCAUCCCUGAUGAUGUGCCACAAAAAAGCUUGUUUCGAACACUCAAGUCCAACUAUUCCAAGUGUGGUCCGGGGCAAUGGGUGCGUCAUGGCGUUCUUUACGACGCAGGGCUAUCUUAUGACGAAAUUGAUAAUCGAACAAGAUUGAAUGACAUUAUCCAGAAAUUCGACAAACAAUUUGAUUUUGUAAUGUUGUUAGAAUACAUUGAUGAAUGUCUAGUGAUGCUCAAGAAACAGUUUGGUUGGAAAAUGAAAGACAUCCUCUACAUUAAGCAGAACGAAGCCUCGUCUUCUAAUAAGACCCUACAAUAUUUAUCAGAAAAAUCAAAGAAAAAGCUAGAUGAAUAUAUGUAUCAAGAACACGUCAUGUAUGACUACUUCAAUGCCAGCUUUUGGCGGAGGGUAGACGCAUACGGACGGCAACGUUUAGCAAAAGAAGUAAACCUAUUUCGACGGCUAAAUUCAUUCAUUGGCAAGUCAUGUAUUAGCCACCGCACAGACAGAGAUAAUGUAACUGAUAGUUUAUUAAAACCAUGUUGUAGAGGACUCCGGGGAUAUGUUUUGAAUCCAGCCAAACGCCACGACUGGAUGUGCCGUCGUUUAGCGGCAGCCGAAUGGGCGUUCACAGACUUACUGAGAAAGAAAAUGGUAUUACGCAAAGUAAUUCCACCGUAGUUACGAGAUUAAAUAACAUAGAGUUACACGUAGGUUUUUAAAUCUAGAUGACCACCGACAAAAUUGAUGAAGUCGGAACGCGCUUGUUCUGUUGAUUAAAUAUUUGGCCUUGGUGAACUCACUAAUUUGAAACGAGCUGAGAAGGCUGAUAAUUCACCACUGCAAUUUACAGACCUG